AUGAGUUUGGAUACACAAAAACUUGAUAGUAAUCAACGACAACAAAUUAUGGCUUCAGUGCAACAACAAUUAGCUCUUCAAAAUGCUCAAGCACUGCUUCAAAAAUUAUCUGAUAAAUGUUUCAAGGCUUGUGUUCAAAAACCUGGUAGUUCUUUAUCGAGUUCAGAACAGAAAUGUAUUACUCAAUGCUCGGAUCGUUAUAUGGAUGCAUGGAAUAUCGUUUCAAGAACUUAUGCUGAUAGAAUAAAACGUGAACAACAGCGACAUUGA